AUGAAGUACAUAUGGAGCUUUGAGAGCUAUGAAGAGGAAAAGGAAGCCAAUAAUUCGAUUGCUCUCCAUCUACUCUCCUCAACAACUCUACUAUGCGCGUAUUUCAUCGUAUCCCAAUACGUAUACGGCUUCGAUCUCGUCACUCACCCGACCCAAACCCUUCGCAUUCUUCUGAUUGUUGAAGCUCCGGUGGUGAUUGGAUCCCACAGUUGGGUACGGCGAAAUCCGAAGGAUUGCUCGCUUUUGAAGGCGGCUGGGCGAGGAUUGUUAAGCCUGCCAAUUGGUGCUUUGCUAAAUGCAUUUGGAGCAAUUGUUCUUGGAGCACCUAUUGGGAUUAAGUACUUGGCACGAACAGCUUACUGGUCCCUUCUCAUGUCUCUAUUUACCUUUGUGCCUGCAGCUUGUGUGUUUGGCUCAUCAAGGAUAGAUUGGCAACAUUUUGUAGCUUGCGACAAGCCAACUGAAAUUACUGAUUACAUGAUUUAUUUUCCCGCAUAUGGAGCUGUUGUCGGCGCAUGGGUUGGUGCUUGGCCAAUGCCCCUUGAUUGGGAAAGACCAUGGCAGGAGUGGCCGAUUUGUGUUACAUAUGGUUCAGUUGCCGGAUAUUUGGUGGGGUUAUUAGCAUCAUCGGUGUGCAUCCUGCUGUAUGUAAAAAGACCGACACAUACCAAAAGCGACUAACUUCAUAACAAUGUCUCCUUUAGUAAGUCUUGUUUAUGCUGAUUUUGUUCUUGACUGUCUCAUGUUUUGCUUCAAAUUUUUUUAGUUUUCUUUGAACUUUUUCCCACUACUUGGGAUUACUAUACGAAAAUGGAUAACUAGCAAAUGUUUAAUUAUUUUGUGUCACAGUUCGUAUGUCCUUAUCGUUAUCCAAGCAUUUGUAGCAGGAGUUGCAAGAUAA